AUGGCUAAAAGGGUGUGUCCUGCAUCGGCUCCUCCCAUCAAGAAGCAGAAGUUUGAUGAGCAGAUAGACAAGGGUUUGGAGGAUUGGAUAAGCCAAUUACCUGAUGGAAUUCUUGUUGGCGUUCUGUCUCUUUUGAAGCUGCAAGAACCAAUGGACGAAGUUGUGGACUUAAACUUUGAGGCACACAAUACAUUGGUUGACAUAGGAUGGGAAACUAAGAAAGGAUCAAGUAUACUAGCUGGGUAA